GAACCGGCAUGCACCCACUCCCUCUCGACUUUGUGCAGAAGGCAACCACAAGAUAUAUAUCCUUGACGUCCUUCUCGCGGCUUUACCGGGGGUAAGCUGAACGUUACCCUUCAUAAAUACGCCACACCAGUCCCGAAUCUUUGGUGUAUUAGUGCUCUCACCCCAAGAAUUUAUCGUAAUAACUACGCUCAAUAUUAGUAAUAUAAAAUGGUUGCAAUCAGCACUUCUAACCAUACAUCCUCUCCCUCCAACCCGACAGCGUAUAUUAGAUACGGUGAUACGGAUCCGUAUCCGGAUUCCUCGAAUGCAUCGACGACAUCGAGCCCCAUGGACGUUCCUUACGACUUGUCCUUCCAAGCGAUAUAUCCUAGUCUCGAACAUACGGAUGGACGGGGAGAAGCCGCCCAGACUGAGACACAGCAGCCCAAUUCCAAACCUGUAGCGAAACGGAAACGUGAGAACAGGUACAAGAAUGCACCUCCUUCAGUAUUAUCUCGCCGGAGAGCCCAGAACCGCGCAUCACAGCGAGCAUAUCGAGAGAGGAAGGACCAACGCAUCAAAGAUCUCGAGGUCUUGCUAGGCGAGGCUCAGAAAAAGAACGAUGUUCUUAGCCAAGCUUAUUCUAACUUGCAAGAAGAGUACAAUAGGCUCCAGUGUGAGCAAGAGACGGCAAGCCGUUACCAGCAAGAUGGUCCGGCAUAUGACCCGGCCAUUGGCCCAGCGGCGGGCGACAUGAAUUGGUUCUUCUACGACGGUCCACCAGGUUAUUCUAUUUAGACGCUACCGGCGAACCGAUAUAUUUGGCUCUCAGUGAGCCGCACACUGGUCCGCCGUGGUAAGCCUUCACCAGGGGCCCAGACGACACGGCUGUCUUCAACUUGAAACAUGACGACACUGACGACUUCAACGCGGGGGGGCCUUAGGCUACAGUU